AUGAAGUUCAUCAACGCGUUCGUGAUAAGCCUCGCUUUAAUUUUCUCCACCCGUGCUAGCGCGAUUGAUCACGAUAAAGUGCAGCCUUUCGCUCAGCCCGACCCAGUCACCAUCUCCGAAAAGGCUGCUGUCAAGUUCAAGCCACAACUUCACAUCGACAGAGGUUGUGUUUCCUUUCCGGUUGUAAAUGCUGCUGGUGAAAUCUCCGGAGGACUCAAGGGAACAAAAGGAACGGACGGGUGUAGGGAAUCACCGCUAGGCUCUCAAACGUAUAGUCGAUCGGCAUGGUACCAGGACAGGUGGGCCAUUGUGUUUGCUUGGUACUUCCCGAAAGGUUUUGCCGCUGGUCAACCGCGAAUCCGCCACUACUGGUCGAGUAUGGUUCUUUGGAUCGACAAUCCAGCAUUAGAUACGCCGACGAUUCUUGGAGUGUCACUGUCGCAGCAGCUUCUUAAGCCUGCAAAAUUUCUCAUUGGUCUUUUUACGGCGGAGCUGCAAGAGCCCUAUAACAAGCAAACCAGCAUUCCUCCUGCGGGCUUUGUGGGGGCCCAGGCAACUGUUGUGAGUCAAAUUAAUGGAUGGAGUAAUCCAUCCAAUUACAGUGGUGGCUCGAAUGUUUCGAUUAGAGUUUCCCAUACAUACACGAACAAGGAUGACUGGCUGGCACUUACCUUUGCCACCCAAGACGGUGAAUACCACGACCUCGUCACGUGGGACCAACUGACGGAAGAAGCGCGCGCAGCUCUCAAUUCAGCGGAUUUUGGCGAGUCGAAGGUCCCCUUCAGCGAUCAGAACUUUCAAAGGACGUUGGAGCUUUCGUGGCUGUUUUAGAGCUACAGCAGCGAAUCCGCAGCAUAUGGCCAAGACUGUGAGUAAAAAAUGGUUUAUUGUUCGGUCCCGAUCGGUUCAAUAAGUAC